AUGGCGAUACGCGAGGAAAUCGUGGCGUCUGCAGAGGAGAUUGAUGCUGCUCUCGCCAGAGCCGGGGGCAACAGCGCGGUAGCUGCGGCGGCCCCCUAUCCAAGCGCGCCGCCACCACAGGGUCCAUCUCAACAAUAUUAUCAGCCUUAUCCUCAGUAUGCUGCAUGGCAACCACCUGCGGCCGCGCCGAAAAGGGAUUGGAGAGAUUGGUUCAUCAUGGCUACUGUGGUGGGCGGAGUCAGCUACGGGCUGUUCUCCUUGGGCAAGCGUUAUGUAUACCCUCUCGUAGCGCCACCUACCCCUGAAAAGCUGGAGCAGGAUAAGAAGUCGAUUGAAGAGCAGUUUGACAAGGCAUUUGCCCUGGUUGAACAGCUAUCAAAGGAUACAGAGGCGCUGAAAGAUGCCGAGAAGCAGCGGACAGAGAAGCUGGAUAUCACACUCGCAGACAUCGAGACCAUCAUGACGGAACUCAAGGCGGCAAAUAGGCGCCGGGAAGAUGACGCGCAGCGCAUUCGCGACGAAGUACAGGGCCUCAAGGACGCAAUUCCGCGAGCCAUGAACAACCAGAAGGAGCAAACCGAUAACCGACUCGUCGAAAUCAACACCGAGCUGACCAGCCUCAAGACCCUUGUGUCGCAAAGGAUGAAUGCCAACUCCAAUGUGUCUGCUUCAAGUGGCUAUUUCCGAGGCACCAAUGGAUCCAGCGGUGUUAACGGCGCCAGCGCAACCAGUGGAACAACAUCACCCCCGGCGGCAGUAGCUUCUCCUUCUGCCGAGACCUCUACGGAAACGAAGCCCGAGGCCCCUAAGAGUGCGUCUCAGAACAGAUUCAGCAGAACCUCUGGCUCCGCGGGUAAGGCGUCCAUCCCGGCAUGGCAGAUGGCCAUGGCCGGCCAGAAUGCCGGAUCUGCUGGUUCUUCCGGCAAAGAAGCUGAGAAGACCACCGCAGAUGCCGCGGCAGGCAGCUCGUAA